CAAUUAUCUUUUACCGGUUUGUUUUAGGACUUGGCUAUGCCUCCAUGGUGAUUGUGUUUUUCUGUAACACGUACUACAUCAUGGUACUUGCCUGGGGUUUCUACUACUUCAUAAAGUCUUUCAAUUCCACGCUGCCCUGGUCCACCUGCGACAACCCGUGGAACACCGAAAACUGCAUAGAGACCUUCCGCCACGACGACUGCCAAAACGGCACCAUUGGCAACUCCACAUUCGGGAACCUGACGUGCGAAGAGCUUGCUGAUGGGCGUUCCCCUAUUAUUGAAUUCUGGGAGAACAAGGUUCUGAACAUCUCUGAUGGGCUGGAUGA